GAACCAAAUGUAACUCGCUUUGUGAAACUCAUCAAACUCAUCUUGUCCUUCACUCCACCUUAGGUUUACGGAGCGGCUACAAAGAGAGACACACAUUCUUUGUUUGUUUAUUGUGCUCACACCCACAUAACAGAGCAUAUUUUCUUCAAAAAUGGAAGAUGUGAUAACAGAAGCAGCACCACCAUCAAGAUUACUAGAAGAAGACCUAAACAAUUUCACACCAUCUUCUCCACCACUCCCUUCACCUUUUCUCCUCUUCCCUCACACACAACAACAACAACAACCUCUCAAACCCACACUCCUCAUCAUCGCUAUCUCUUCUCCCUCUCUCUCCCUUUUCCACAAUCUCCUCACCCCACAAACCCUAACCUCCUCUCUCAUCCUCCCUGAACUCCCUCUCUCCUAUCCUAACAACACCAUCAACAUCCACUCUCUCUCUUCCACCAUCCUCCUCGCCGCCGUUCAAAACCCUAUCCCUGAUAAUCGCGCUUACGCCGUCGCUGAAAUCCUCCUCAGCAACCAGAUCUGCCCUGAUUCGGUUAUUAUACUUGAUUCUAUCCAGCCGAUGAAUCACCGUGGUCUGCUUUCUUCCGACGAGGCGGUUGCAUUCAAGCUGGAGAGUUUUGCCGAAAGGAAGAAGGCGAAUGAGGAGAAAUUGUUGGGAGGAUUGGAUUAUUACCCGUCUGGAAGCGUUGUUGAUGGACUCGGUGCCGCCAUUCUUGGACGGUGUCAGAUUUUGAAAAUUAGGGCUAGCUUGUGUGUUACUUGGCCUCAAUUUGAUUCAGAUGUUGUUUUGUUGUUGAAGGAUUUGCUUCGAGGUUUGGGUGAGUUUGAGUUUGGGUUUAGUGAUGAUGAGGUUUUCAAAUUUGGGAGGAGUAAGGAUCAUGUUUUUCAAUCUCACUUGUAUAUUUGAUUAGAUUUAUUACAAUGUGUGUUUAACAUUUAGUUCUCAAUGAUUUGAAUGUUUUGGAAUUAUGAUGGUUAUGAAUAGUUAUCUAGUCUUUGCUUUA